UCGAUCAGUCAAUGGAUUCAAUCAGAGCUUUCUGACUUGGGAUAUUUGAGACUCUGCUCUUACAGAAAUCAAUUUGUGGCGAAUGUAGCCUUCCUGUCCAGGUCUGAGUGAGAAGCUUCUUUUCGUCCAGCUGCACAGAAGCAGCCAGCUUUAAACUCCUCUCUCCUACAGCAGGGGUGGAGGAGACUAUUGUGGACAAACCUCACACACCCCUUCUCCUUCUCCUUCUCCUUCUCCUUCUCCGCUCAGAAACGAUGCUGCUGCAGUGAGUCACACCAGCCGAUCCUGGGAAAUACUUUAUUCUAGGCCUGGUAAUAAAAGAGUGGAGCCCGGGCCGACUCCCGCUCCCAGCACGGACCUGACCGCAUGACAAGCAAGUGCAUGGGAGUAUCCUGCAGGGCCCGGCUCUAGAUCACGACCACACCAGUCCUCCGCGCCUCCUCUCGUCUCCUCUCCUCUCCGCCGCCUGGCAUGUGCGUAACGGCAUUACGCACGGAGCAGGACCGAGCCCUAUCUUGAUCCGCCUCGCAUCGGGAGAGAGAAUUUCAGGAUGAGCAGCAAGGAGUUGACGGUGGGCCUGUCCAGCCAGUACGUGGGGCCCUACCGGCUGGAGAAGACCCUCGGGAAGGGCCAGACAGGACUGGUGAAGUUGGGCGUCCACUGUAUAACAGGACAGAAAGUGGCCAUAAAGAUUGUGAACAGGGAGAAACUCUCCGAAUCGGUUCUAAUGAAGGUGGAGAGAGAAAUAGCUAUUCUUAAACUAAUAGAGCAUCCUCACGUUCUGAAGCUGCACGAUGUCUAUGAGAAUAACAAAUACCUGUACCUGGUGCUGGAACAUGUGUCCGGAGGAGAGUUAUUCGACUACCUGGUGAAAAAGGGCAGGUUGACGCCCAAGGAGGCCAGAAAGUUCUUCAGACAAAUCAUCUCCGCCCUCGACUUCUGCCAUAACCACUCCAUAUGCCACAGAGACCUGAAGCCAGAGAAUCUUCUCCUGGAUGAGAAGAACAACAUCAGGAUCGCAGACUUCGGCAUGGCGUCGCUACAAGUCGGGGACAGUCUGCUGGAAACCAGCUGCGGGUCCCCACAUUACGCCUGUCCAGAGGUCAUAAGGGGGGAGAAGUACGACGGUCGCAGGGCCGAUGUCUGGAGCUGUGGAGUCAUCCUCUUUGCUCUUCUUGUGGGUGCUUUGCCCUUCGACCACGACAACCUGCGGCAGCUUCUGGAGAAGGUGAAGAGCGGCGUGUUCCACAUGCCUCAUUUCAUACCUCCUGACUGCCAAGCUUUGCUCAAGGGAAUGAUAGAAGUCAACCCGGACAAGAGACUCACGCUAGAAGCAAUACAGAAACACGCCUGGUACCAGAGCGGCCGUAACGAGCCGUGUCCGGAGCAGCCGCCGCCUCGACGCGUGUGCGUGAAGAGGAUCCUGUCGUUAACGGACCUGGACCCCGACGUGCUGGAGAGCAUGUACUCGUUAGGCUGCUUCAGAGACCGGGUCAAACUCACACAGGACCUUACAAGUGAGGAGGAGAACCAGGAGAAGAUGAUCUACUACCUCCUGUUGGACAGGAAGGAGCGAUACCCCAGCUGUGAGGACGAGGACCUGCCGCCCAGAAAUGACCUCGACCCUCCCAGGAAGCGCGUGGACUCGCCCAUGUUGACACGUCACGGCCGCUAUCGUCCCGAGAGGAAGAGCCUGGAGGUCCUCAGUGUCACAGAACAGGGGUCUCCCACCCCACCUCGCAGGGCUCUGGACACGAGUGCACACAGCCAGAGGUCUCGUUCGGUCAGCGGAGCGUCCACUGGUCUGUCCUCCAGUCCCCUCAGCAGCCCCAGGAGUCCGGUCUUCACUUUCAGCCAAUCAGAAGUCACCUCCACUUCCACUCCCUCCUCCAAAGACCCCAAACCAGGAAGUGCCGCCACCAGCGCUCGGCCCAGCCGCCCGGCGCCUGACCCAAAAACCCAGACCCUGCCCUCAAAGGGCCCCACUGAACGGCCCCAGCUUCACUCCAUGAAGUCCCUCCCUCUUCAGACUCCACGCUCCCCCUCCCCGUCUCCGUCCCCGCUCCUCUCCCCCACCCCACGCUUCUUCAACUUCCCCUCGCCAUCUGUCUUCAAGUCCAAGAACUCCCACUCGCCCUCUAACUCCUCUGCCACCCCUCCCCCUGUUUCACAGGUCACGCCUCAGGGCUCGCCGCUGCCCACUCCGCUGGGCACGCCCGUGCACCAAAUCCAACACCCUUCCUCCACCACCCCUCCCUCUUCCUCCUCCUCGUCUUCUUCUUCCAGAGCCGACGGAGGCGGCGGGGCCUCGCUGUCGCUGACCCCGCCCUCCAGUCCGGGCGGCAGCGGCGGGCUGGCCGCCUCGAGUUCCGCCCACUGGAGAACAAGGCUCAACUCGUUCAAAAACAACCUGCUGGGCUCACCGCGCUUCCAUCGGCGCAAAAUGCAAGUCCCUACAUCCGAGGACAUGUCCAGUUUGACUCCAGAGUCCAGUCCAGAACUGGCCAAGAGGUCGUGGUUUGGUAACUUCAUCAGCCUGGAGAAGGAGGAGCAGAUCUUUGUGAUGAUCAGAGACAAGCCGCUCAGCUCCAUCAAGGCGGACAUCGUCCACGCCUUCCUCUCUAUCCCGUCCCUCAGCCACAGCGUGGUGUCUCAGAACAGUUUCCGGGCAGAGUACAAGUCGUCCGGCGGCCCCUCUGUCUUCCAGAAGCCUGUCAAGUUCCAAGUGGACAUUGCUUUCUCAGAAGGAGAGAGGGAGCGAGAGAGGGAACGAGCAGAGAGGGAAGGAAGAAGACAGAUGGGAAUCUACAGCGUCACCUUCACGCUAAUAACAGGUCCCAGUCGCAGAUUCAAAAGAGUUGUGGAAACCAUUCAGGCUCAGCUGCUGAGUACUCACGAUCAGCCUUCUGUGCAGGCACUGGCUGAUGAGAAGAACGGUCAGCUGACUCGCCAGCCCAGCACCCCCUCGCGUCAGAACUCCCGGCGUUCCGAAAGUGGAUCCGAUCGGGAGCGGGGGGAGAGGGAGCGCGCGGCGGACGGAGGAAGCGGAAGUGGGAGCAACAGUAGCACCGUCUUACAAAGGCGAGGGUCAGGGAAAGACAAGACCAGACUCCUCUCGUCGUCCAAUGGGACGCAGUCUCAUCCCUGAAAAGAAUGUUGUGGAAGAGAGGCCUUCCUCUCUUCCUUCCCUCUGUCCUUCCCACAUUGUUUCCUUUCCUGUUUCCUUACUUUCUGCCUUUGCUUCCUGCCGUUACCCUCGAGCAAAGGGAUGGAGGAGGGGAAGUUUUUCCUCGGAGCCGAUGGAAGGAUGUGACGGAGAAUUCCCCACAAGUGGCUGGUUUUAGCAGAAAUGUAUAUUUGUGGGGGAGACGGGUGGAUCCCUCGUCGGCCCUCAGGACCUCGGUUAAGUCCCACCUCACCAGAGAAAUACAGGAAACGCUCACAGCCAGAGAAACGCGUAGUUCACCCACUCCAGCCAAUCAAGAAAGCACAUUGCCUUCCCGCCGACCAAUCACACGCAGCACGUGGUUCAGAUCGAACAGGAAACCUCCCAUCUGUCAGUCAAAGUGCUGCCGGAUCAUCACCUGGAUCCUCACGUCUCCUCGACACCACCUGACCAAACAUGACGCGUCACAUGACAACAAACCUGCUCCUCUCUCCUCCUCAAGACAAAUGUUUUCUCAAGCAAGGCAACGACACGAGGACGCCCCCCCGAGGAAGGAGCUAGAAUUACAGAACGAGUCAAAAUACGAAUAAUUAGCGACCUAACCGAGCUGUUAGUCUGAGAGCAGAGCAAAUCAAAGAAAUGACAGAAAAUGUACUGGUCUGUGUAACGUAGCCCUAAAGGUGAAAUUCACAACUUUUCCUUUGAGUGUAUGAGAAACAUUAAAUCCCACAAUUAUUUCUGAAUUACACUGAUAAAGCUAUGAUACCGUGUUGCCUUUAACGGAGGAGAAAAAGUGGAUAGGUAGUUAGAUUUAGUCCCAUUUUCAGGACACUGUAGUCACACCACAGGUAGAAUCUCUCACAAGUAAAAACUCCCACACAAAACUGAGACUAGUUAGAGAAACAAGUGACCAAAGGCCUCUUGAGCGAACGCAGCGAUGAUGACGGUGUGAAGGAAGAGGCCAGGAGCUAUUCCGUCUUAAUUGAUGCGUCAUACGUACGCUGAAAGAGUUUUUGUUCUCUUUUCCUGCUGUGAAGAAAAACCUUCCAAACGCAAAUCCACUGAAAGACACACGACUCGUCCAUCAUCAUCAUCUUAGAGCCGUUAAAACUGAGAAGUUCGGAAACGCUGCCGGUAUCUUUUUAGUUUUUAAACUCUUGGAUUUACAAAAAGCGUAAAAACUAAAAAAAAGUGAUCAAUCUACGCAAAUUUACACAAAAUGAUUAAACCUGCAAUAUGAUUGUUGGCCACCGGGAGGCAGAGGAAACCCGACACAUCUGCGUUUCAUUCACCUUUAACUUGAACUUGUUAGCUCAUGAUAUCCUAGUUAUUUAUACACGCGAGUCUCUUUUAGUUCAGGUUUUGAAACAUCGGGGGACAGAGUUCACCAAAGUUUACCUCCAAUGCGAUUCGACUGGUCACAGGAAGCAGAUGUCUAAUUCGCCUCCUUCGCACAAAUUGGAAAAUAUCGCGAGGCAAAGGUUCAUCACUGCUACGCAUGUGUGACCGCGCCCUUAGUCUGGAUGGAGAUCACUUUAGUUUGAAAAUGCCAGAGUACGGAUGUAGCCUAAUACGAGACUAACCUUCUCUAAACCCCUCCCCUGUACAGCAGCUGUCCAAUCAUAGCGAAGCGAGGUGCAUAGUCAGUUAUUAAACUAGCUAGUGACGGAAAAACGUGACGGCUGCUGUCGAGAAACAAGUUGAAUCCUUGUUUUGUUUCCAUUUCUGAAAUCAAAUCAUUGUUUUACAGGAAAUCUAUUGUAUUUUCUGUAAGUUUUAUUUACCCGGAUGCUUGUUUCCUUCGUGAGGACAUGAACAUCACAAUCAACACAAUAGUUAACGUGAUUCCCGGCUCGUGUUACGACGAGGACGACGAGGAGGACAUGAAUGUUUUUUUUCCGACUUCGUUGAAUGUAGUUACAUUCUGAAACACGUAGAAACUCCCGCCCUCACAAGGUGGCGACUUCAGGAAGGUUUCGCUUCACGAGCAGCUCGGAGAGAACGAAGCUCUUUCACUGUUCAUAUCGUCUCAGUUAACACACCAGAGCAAAAUGAAAAUCCAUCACAGCAGCCGAAGUGAUGGAGACUGAAACAAAGAGGCUGGUGAAACAGGACGACCAGUUAUUAGGCAACCGAAACUCUUUCAGCGUUCCUUUGAGUUUAACAAUGGAUGCAGAACGACGCCGGCUCAGACAAGCCCCCCCGACCGAAACCUGCUGCCCCUCCUGCCUGAGAGCGAGAGAGAGAGAGAGAGAGGGAGGGAGAGAGGGAGGACUGAGGGAGGCAGGGGGAGAUGAACACAUGAACUUUCCUCAAGAGGGAGGAGAAGACAGAAAAGGAAAAAGACUUUGGUUUGUCGUCUGUCAUAAGAAUCCUGCACACAUGCCUGGAAGGGAAACAGAAAACACGUGGAGAACGUUUUGGGCUCGUUUUGCAUUGUUUACUUUCCGUUUCUUUCUCUUCCUCUCACCCCCGCUCUGGUCUUUCUGUGUUGUAGCUUCUUUUUUUUUAUCAUGUUUUUGUGUGUUUGCCACCAGCAAAAAAAAAAAAAAGAAGGAGGCGCGGCGGUAACAACGUGAAUGUCACAAACUUUUUUGAAAUGAGUCUGAACAUAUUUUUGUUCCAUAUAUUUAUUGAAAAUGUAUUUAUUUAUUUAUUUAUUUUCAAAGUGUUUGUUGAAAGUGUGAUUUCUUAGAGACGACGGGGUGAACACAGGUAAAUAUCACCUUUUUUUUCCCCUGAAGAAAACUGGAAAAUAAUGAAUGCUUCAAAAAGUGCAGCCACCGACAGGCCAACGUUUUCACUCAUCCAGUGAAAUAUCACAACAUCCACUCAACAAAUUUAACAUCCACAUCUCUGAUCCCUGAUUUUUGCAAUUUGAGCCGUCAUCAGGUCAGUAUCGGGGCCAUAGUGAAGAAUAAAACAUCUUCAGGAAAAAACGUCGUAAUGUAACGAGAAUAAAAUCGUACUUUAAUGACAAAAAAGUAAUAAUGCUACGUAGAGAUGCUUCACUUUCCUCAUUUUAACACAGGCGACCAACUGAUCCGAUGAUAUUCCCCCUCUAACUUAAUGCGUAGCCUGAUAUUACGAUUUCAUUCUCGUAAAAGUACAGAUUUUACCACUUAAUUCUUGAAAUCUCCCCGAUGCACCGUCGGUUUAUGAGCAAAUUAGGAUAAAACUACACGUCCCAUCAGCCCCAUUAGCACUUUCGUCUCAGCUAGCCAGCACAUUUCAACGUGCUAACGCGCUCACAGUCGGUGAAACUCCACUGAGGUGUUAGCGCGACUGAAGGCCUCUCGUUCAGAACGUUACAUAAUUAACGUACUUUCUUGUCAUUUUCAUUCCCAGUGAAAUGUUCUGUUCUUAUUCAAACGACCCGCCGACACAAAUACGUUCCUGAUUGACAUGUUUGACCGAAACGAAUUAACAAGGACGGAAAGAAACUUGUAGUUUCAUCUGUAGAAACCUGCUGAGUUUACACAACGUUUAAAUAUUCACAAUAUCCUGAUUUGCCUGAACCCGUCGACAGUUUUUGCUUUUUCUUUGCACAGAACCGUUGGAGAAUGUCUGUUCUGGGUUUUCACAUUAAAUGUAAAUGUGUUUCCCCCCCCCCCUCUCAUGUAAUCGGAGGCUUUGUGUUCAGCCCCCCCGCUCAGAGGAGGCCCCUCAGGCCCCUCCGGCAGUGACAUGCUCUCACUUCAGAAAGGCCAGAGGUCGGGGGGGGGGGGCUCCAGCGUUACUCGAGCACAUGAAGAAGAGAGAGUUAUGUCACCAUCCUUUUUGUAACACGAGGUCCGAGUCACGACCGGCUUCAGAGAGAGUCUGGGGAAGGGACAGAGGAAGAGGAGGAGGAAGAGGAGGAAGAGGAGGCUGCUCCGGGGCUCGUUCUCCUCGGAGGAAACUCAAAGAAACGACGGCACAUUCGUGGCUGCUCCGGCGCCACUGAAGAGAAUCUCACCCCUCCCUCCCUCAUUCCUCCCCUACUCCCCCCCCCUUCACUUUACAUUUGCUACUCCCUCAUUCGUCCUCUUUGUAACCAUCCCUGUCCCCACUGCACAUAUCUCACCCACGUAUAUAAUCGACACCCCCCCCUCCCCUUGUAUACAUUUUAUACACCGUAUACUUCGACGCAGAAGCUGUAUACAUUUGUAUACACUGUAUGCCUGUCUCCAUUGUAUGCCAUUCAUAUCUAUGUAGCCUUCACUAUCUUUUAUCCACAUCGUAGCCACCGCACCACCUCUACUCCUCAGCAUUAUCAUUCUUCUUGUACGACUAUAAUCUCUUGUCUCCUGCCCGUAUUCACCCCCCAUGACCACCGCUUCACCUCGUGAGCCUCCCCUCCACACAAUAGAGAAAGUUUUAUUUUAUUUUUAUUUUUUGUUUCCACUCGGGAGAAAUUCAUGAUGUCAGAAAGAAAAAAAAAAAAACGAACAACUCGACGGAGGAGGGGGAGCUGUGUGUGUGUGGGGGGGGGCGGCGGGUCGAGAAAACAGCAAACACAGCUAAUGACGACAACGACGACAAAGAGAAAUGUCUGUAGUAUAAUUACAAAAAAGGAAAAGUGCACUAUUAUGACAACGAUUAUUAUUGCCUGUGAGAAAUACUGACCAAUAAACAACAAUGGAAAUAUA